GGAUGCUUCUCACUUCGAAUGGAGAAGGAGAGGGGCUUGUAUGCGUUUGUGAAUGUGUGUAUGUGUGUAUGUGUGUCUGCGUAUUGGAAUGCCUGAGCUCCAGCAAGCUUUGAAGAUGCUUUGUGCCAAUCCUGGAAGGUAUGCUGUGGCCCCGGAGAGUCUGUGAGGAGGAAACCAAGGAGAGGCGAGCCCCUGUAGAUCCAGCAGAAAGAAAGAUGUGCGUUAUGCCGUAGCUGACUCAGCAUCUCCCCCAGUGCUGCCAACGUUUCAUUUGGGGUAGAUGAAUAUUCUGUGGCCAACUGACCUGCUGCUGAUAGAAAACAGCAUUUUCUUCUAAAUGCAAUUGUUUUGUCUAUUUUUUUCGGAUUCUUUGAUCCCUGGCUAUGUAUUCCUGAUGUCUGUCUGUGGACCUGAGGGCUUCGCAUUCGCUACAGGAUGAGUGAGGGGGGGAUUUCUUCAGCUCCACCUGUUUUUCCUGUUUCUGGAGAUUCAGAAGGUGCGAAUCCAGCAGAAGAGCAGGAGGGCUCUGCACCAUCCAGGGGCUUACACUGCAGUAACUGUAUUGUGUGGCCUCGCCAACAGACCUGGCUCUGUAUUGUACCUCUUCUGAUUGGAUUCAUUGGUUUGGGACUGAGUCUGAUGCUGCUGAGGUGGAUUGUUGUUGGUUCGGUGAAGGAAUAUGUACCUUCUGAUAACUUGGAGUCCAAUCACAUUGGGCAGGACCCUAUCUUCCUCUCAAAGCCAAGCUCAUUUCCGAAGAAUGCAGAGGCCACUACAAUGCACACUGGUACCAAUAGCUUCCUUAGUACUAUAGCUGUGAGCACUCGAGCUCCAGUGACGCUCACCCCCAGGAUUAGUACCCACAGUACAAUCCGCUCAACCACUGCCCAUCGCAGCCCCUUACUCCCCACAACCACUCCAGCAGCCCCCCUCACCCCUACAUUACCUUUCCGUCUCACCCCAACUGUCUCACAUGUACCAACUUGGCAGACGGUGCCCUUUUCUACCUCUUCAAGCAAAUUCUUUCUGCACGAUUCCACUCCAUCCUGGACACUCUCAAAAUCAGGGGAAUCUAGCACCAAGAUCCAUUCUGUCAUCGAACCCAAAUUUCGUUGAUCAGCAGGAUUUGCAGAUUGAUCGUCAAUCUGGUCAACCAUGUUAUGAAGCACCUUCCAUGGCUGUCAGGUCAUAAGGUGG